AUGCACUGCACCAAAGCUCUCAGCAUCCUCGCGGCCUAUUUGGUCGUCUCUGGCAUUGCCAUCCCUCUCCCUAAUGGGUCGACUCAACCAAAAGGAGGCGAUGUGACCGCCACAUCCGAGAACACCUCCACUGCUAAGGGUGAUGGUUCAGCCGCAAACGGGAGCGCCCAGUCAAAUGCUCAAGGAGCCGGCGAUGGUAACACAGCGAGCAACUCCAACACUGUCGAUGGUGUUUAUGGUGAUAACGAGAUAGUCAAGACAGUGACUGGGCUCAGACGCCGAACUGGAAGUGGGUCACAGUCCCAGCCUCAGAACAAUGGUGAUGUGACUGCCACGUCAGAGAACACUUCUAAUGCCAAGGGUGAUGGGUCGGCAGCUAAUGGAAGUGCUCAAUCUAAUGCACAGGGAGCUGGCGAUGACAAUAAAGCAAGCAACUCCAACACUGCCGCUGACGUUGAAGGCUACGACAAGAUCAUUACUACGAUCACUGGGUCGAAGCGUCGCCGCAACAACAACAACCCACAGCCUCAAGGGGGUGACGUGACCGCCACCUCAGAGAACACAUCUACGGCCAAGGGUGACGGAUCCGCAGCCAAUGGCAGUGCUCAAUCCAAUGCUCAGGGAGCCGGUGACGGCAACACUGCGAGCAACUCUAACUCCGCCAACGAUGUUGAAGGCGACAACACUGUAAAGACAACCAUCACGAAGCUCACAGGCUGCAGCACCUGUCGUCGCAAUACGCCCUCUAGUGGUGAUGUGACCGCUACGUCUGACAAUGAGUCAACCGCCAAAGGCGACGGAUCGGCCGCUAACGGUAACGCACAAUCAAACGCCCAAGGCGCUGGAGACGACAACAAGGCCACUAACACCAACACGGCUGAUUACAUCGAGGGUGAUAACUAUGAGUCGCUCACUAAGACCCUGACAAGUGGCCUCAGACGCCGGAAUCAACCCCAAGCUUCCAGCGGUGAUGUCACUGCGACAUCUGACAACGAGUCAACUGCCAAGGGAGAUGGUUCAGCUGCCAACGGCAAUGCACAGUCAAAUGCUCAGGGUGCCGGUGAUGACAACAAAGCCACCAACACCAACACGGCUGACAAUAUUGAGGGAGACAACUAUGAGUCAAUCACCAAGACCCUGACAAGUGGUCUCAGACGCCGAAACCAACCCUCUAACAACGGAGACGUGACGGCUACGUCCGAGAACGAGUCGACUGCGAAAGGAGAUGGUUCAUCUGCCAACGGGAGCGCGCAGUCUAAUGCUCAAGGUGCUGGUGACGACAAUGAGGCAAGCAACAGCAAUUCAGCCAAGGACGUUACUGGGGAGAAUGAGGUAUACAAAGUUAUCAUGGGCAGCUUGAAGCGCAACGACGUGAACGCAAACUCCCAGUCCAGCUCUUCGGCAGAUGGAACGCUGGCUCACGCUGAUGGAAGUGCCAUCAGCUCAGCACAAGGCGCCAACGGCUCUAAAGGUCCUCUCUACGGCGUCACCUCCAUCCUCACACGCCGCGACGACGACGACGACGACCAGACCACAGCGUCCGCUAGCUCUCACUCCGAUAACAGCGGCUUGGGCAGCAUCGCGAACUCGAACUCCCAUUCCACCGCUCAAGGCGACGGCAGCACCGAUUCCGGCGCCUCCUCGCUCAUCGACCUCAUCCCCCGGAGCAGCAGCAGCAUGCGCCUGCGCUUCCGUCGCUCCGACCCUCCCACCGCCGACGCGGACACAUCCACAAGCAACGGCCAAGCUGAUGCGAGCGCCGUCAGCACCUCCAGCGGAGACAACUCGCAAUCGGACAGCUAUGCAAAGACUGUCGCCGCAGGCAUAGCGUCGACUGCUAUCGCGGGCGCAUAUGCCGACAACGGGGAUGGAUCUGCCCCGGCCGGUGACUUGAGUAUCACACCUACAGCUGUGGGACCGACGGUGGAUGUUGGAACCAAUGAGGUCAGCGUCAGCCGGCUGAGGGCGAGGAGCUUCAGGGCUUGA